AUGUCUGGUGUCGAAACGGCGUUCCCGACCAAGAACAAGGGGAAAGGAAAGGCUGCAGACGUUUCUGAAGAGGUGGACAACUUGCCAUGGGUCGAGAAAUACCGGCCUGUGUCCCUGGAAGACGUCGUCUCCCACCAGGAUAUCACCACGACCAUUGACCGAUUCAUUGAAAAGAAUCGCUUGCCACAUCUCCUAUUCUAUGGACCUCCUGGUACCGGAAAGACAUCCACCAUUCUCGCCGUUGCACGUCGGAUAUACGGAUCCGAUUACAAGAAACAAAUUCUAGAGUUGAACGCAUCCGACGACCGAGGCAUUGAUGUUGUCAGAGAACAAGUCAAACAGUUUGCUGAAACCCGAACCCUCUUCUCAAAGGGAUACAAGCUGAUCAUCCUAGACGAAGCCGAUAUGAUGACCCAACAAGCUCAAGCUGCACUGCGCCGAGUGAUUGAACAGUAUACAAAGAACGUUCGCUUCUGUAUCAUCUGUAACUACGUCAACAAGAUUGCUCCUGCAAUCCAGAGUCGAUGUACACGAUUCCGCUUCUCGCCUCUACCCAUUGCCGAGGUCGAGAAGCAGGUCAACAGAGUCGUCGAGGCAGAAAACGUUCAAUUGACGCCUGAAGGAAAGCAAGCUCUCCUGAAGCUCUCAAAGGGUGAUAUGCGGCGAGCUCUAAACGUUCUUCAAGCUUGUCACGCUGCCUACGAUGUGAUCAGCGAGAGCGAAGUCUACAACUGCACAGGCCAUCCUCAUCCACAGGACAUCGAGGCCAUCGUCAACUCUAUGCUUUCCGACGAGUUCACUACCUCGUAUCAAAUGAUAUCCAAACUGAAAACCGAGCGGGGUCUUGCACUGCAAGAUCUGAUCGCCGGGGCUUACGAGUACCUCGAAACGAUCGAAAUAAAGCCAAACGCCCGAGUCUACGUGCUCGAUCUAUUGGCUACCACCGAGCAUCGGCUGUCAACAGGUGGGAAUGAGAAAAUGCAACUCACGGCCCUUUUGAGCGCUUUCAAAGGUGCUGUCGAAUUGUCAGCAAGGUCGGCUUGA